CGUUGGAGAGACAGAGACUGGCAGAGUACAUUGUGUGGAGGAAGAGAGAGGGCUUCCAGGAGAAGAGAGACAGGGAGAAGGGAGGAAAGUGUGCAGAGAAAGAGAACGGGGUAGGGCCAGAAGUUAUCUGGAAGAGGAGAGGAGAAGAAGAAGAAGAAGAAGGAGACGCAGGGAGGGAGAGAGCCAGGGCCAUUCAGAGAGGACAUGAUAUAAUUUGGAGGAAGAAAGAGAGGGAGUAAAACAGGAACGCGUGGUAAGAUUUGAGAUUACGAUGCACUCGAAAGUAGGUGUUAAAGAAAGCGUGCUGCGUUGGAUACUAGCCAUACAUCAGUAAGCCUCCUCUCUUUAGCAGCUUUAUUCAGCCCCGCAGGUGCUCACUGUAGUAUCGAAAAACAAUUGGAGCUGUCUAUUGUGUGUGUUGCUGGAGUGUUCAUGCGCGCAACCCCCUUGUGAUCCCCUCGUUGGCUGCUAAUAGGAUUUUUAUAGGCAUGUGUCAAGCAGGAUAGAGCUGCCAAAAGGCUUCACACUUCCACGCAUGUACACACCACAACACACACACAGAUAAUCUUAAGAAGCAGUGUGGGCAGGGAAGAUUUAUACAGCCUCACACACGUGUCAACACAUCACAUAUGAGAGCGCACCCCUCAGUGCAAAGACACAUGGGAGGGGGCGUUGAGAGACAAUCACUUGUGUUGAUUCUCCAUGGUGAAGCCGACAGCUGGAUAACAGGCCCUCACUGAGAGGCUAUUAAGUCCGGUCAAGAUACUCACAGAUAUUGUUUUACAUUGUGGCAAAAACUCCAAGACGAACACUUUGUGGAGAGCUAAGACUGUCGUCCUCAGUCCCUGGGAACAUAUGAACCUUGAUGCAGAUUUAAAAGUGAACUGAUGACAACAUGAUAUGCACUGGUGCAGAAGAAAUAAACUUUUUUCAUCGGCUUCUUCCAUUAACUGGGACAUCCAACUUUUCUUCCUCUCGUUCUCCUUUCAUCGUGGGUACAGCCGUUUUCAAAGCAGCUGGGUUUCAGCCGCCUGGUAACGAGUGGAGGACAGACAACCAGACAGAUGGGUGCUGCUCUUAUGCUGACAGAGACAUACAGAUGGCUGGGUGUCCUUAUAGAGAAACACAUUGAAUACUGAGACAUAAAGACUUUGUUUGAAUCACUAGAGACUGUGUGGAUUUAAAGACUUGACACUGCAGAUUCACUAUGGAGCUCGUCCCAAAAACCAAGUACACCCACUUUCGGAGUGAAUCGCUGAGCUCAACUGAUGAAACAAACUCCAAUCCAUCAUCGUUCCCUCCAUCCAGUCCUGCUACCCCGCUCACUCCCUCCCCUGGUUUACCUUCCUCUUUUUCCUCCUCGUCUCUCACUCCCAUCUUGCCCCCUUCCUCUCCCCGCCAGGCUGAGAACAGCCCCACCACCCUCUGCUCCUUCUUCCCCAGAAUGGGAUCCCUCCGCCUGGGUGUCUCUGCCACUCUUCUCCCUGGACUCAAGGCCUCGAGAGGGCUGCAGCUGCCCCACGCGCCUGUUGAGUCCUCUGGGGACGACAGGAGUAACUCCAGCUCCUCCCCUAUUUUUCAUCGCCUAAUUCCCCCUUUAACCGCUCCUUCUCCCCCUCCCCGACCUCCUCUGCAGGACAUGAACCGGCUGGGAGGGGCGUCCAGGAGGGCACGCGUGGAAGGAGGGCAGCUGGGAGGAGACGAGUGGACGCGCCAUGGAUCCUUUGUCAACAAGCCCACCCGCGGCUGGCUGCACUCCGACAGUGUGGUCACCACCGCCGGUGUUUCCUACAGUGUCCGGUACAUGGGCUGCGUGGAAGUGCUACAGUCGAUGCGAGCGCUGGACUUCAACACCAGAACUCAGGUCACCAGGGAGGCAAUCUCCGUGGUGUGCGAGGCCGUGCCCGGAGCCAAAGGAGCACAGCGCCGGAGAAAGCCAUCUUCUCGCUGUAUGACAUCCAUCCUGGGGAAGAGUAACCUGCAAUUUGCCGGCAUGACAAUCACCCUCACCAUCUCCACCAGCAGCCUCAACCUUCUGGCCGCUGACUGCAAACAGAUAAUCGCCAACCAUCACAUGCAGUCCAUCUCCUUCGCCUCUGGAGGAGACCCAGAUACGGCUGAGUACGUAGCAUAUGUGGCCAAAGACCCAGUCAACCAGAGAGCUUGUCAUAUCCUGGAGUGCUCAGAGGGUUUAGCCCAGGAAGUCAUCAGCACCAUUGGCCAGGCCUUUGAACUGCGUUUCAAACAGUACCUAAAGAACCCUCCCAAACUGGUCACACCUCACGACAGAAUGGCUCCGUUUGACGGCUCUGCGUGGGAGGAAGAAGAUGAAGAGGCUGCUCAACCUCCUGACGUCCCUUACUAUAAUAAUUUCCCUGGAAAACAGCCUCCCCCUGGUGGACUGGUUGACAUGAGGACCCGCCCGGGUGCCACGCUGCCGUAUGGACAGCCAGGCCAUAAUGACAUCCACAAGCAGCCUCUGCCGCCUCUACCAGUGGGUGCCAAAGAAGGGGGACGAGAACUGUUCGACGACCCUUCAUACGUCAACGUUGACAAACCCCGUCUCCCAGUUGCAGCCAAUGGAAAUGCUCACAGAGAUGCUUUUGACAUGAAGCCGUUUGACGAUGCCCUGGGAGUCUCUGGACAUGGUGGUCCAAACUCGGUGUCAGCGGCGCCCCCUCUGGUGGAGCAGCUGCAGUGCGAGUCCUGGUUCCACGGUAGCUUGAGUCGCAGGGAGGCAGAGAGGCUUCUGACCCGCGAUGGAGACUUCCUCGUGCGAGAGUCUGGAACCACGCCUGGACAGUAUGUCCUCACGGGACAGCAGGGGGGUCAGCCCAAACACCUGCUACUAGUCGACCCAGAAGGAGUGGUCCGCACAAAAGACCAUCGGUUUGAAAGUGUGAGUCACCUGAUCAGUUACCACAUGGACAACAGACUCCCCAUCGUAUCUGCUGGUAGCGAAGUGUGUCUGCAACAGCCAGUAGAGCGCAGAGCCUAACGUUACACAAACCAAUGCAAUACUCCACCAAAUGCACACACUCCUGAAGCAAUUCAACACAAGACAAAGACACCUUCAUAUGCUUUGAACACAGCAACACUACACUAAACACAGACGCACACAUUAUACAAUAAUAAAUAUGCACAUAACACUGCAAAGAAAGCCAAAAAAAUAUAAUUCUUCUGUAAAUCACACACUUGCUGCUGUUGCUACAUAUUCCUUUCCUUUCUGAAAGCUGAACUAUGACCUGCAGUCUUCGACCCCCAACUCUUUUCAGGCGCACCCCUCCAACACGGAGAAGCACCGCUGCAAUUUCUCAACAGCCUACUGUGAACCAGGGAGGAGCCCUUUGCUAAUUUUAAAACAGGGCGGAAAACAAAAUGCAUUUUUUUUAUAAGAAAAAAAAAUAACAUGCAAUUUAUGAGAAAAAAAUAAGAACUAAUACAUGGAAUCUUGUACAAAAAAAAAGGACUCAAACAUGAAGAAAGGAGCAUUAAUGGGACAUUGAAUGAGAUUUUCAGUGUUUGUAACCGUGUGUUGUUUCAUUCAGCGAAAUUAUUCCCCUCCUCACACUGUCGCUGGAGCAUAUUUGGCAAAACAGGAACUGGAUGUUAAUGAUUGUUUUUUCCAGAGACAUAGACUCUUCACUUCCAGUGUCAAUGGAGCACUUCAGCAGCAAACCUGACUUUAAAAAAGCAAAAAAGCCUGGGGAUUAUGCAUAAACGAGUUUUUGCUUCUAACCUAAUCAGGGGAGGCUGCCCCAAGCCACUCCCCUUUUAAGGACUUUUGAACUUUGACCCCUGGAGUGAUACCUGGCGAUGAUGAAAGCCUGUAUGCAAAACUGGGGGAUUGCUAUGCCAAUCGCCACGUCCUUUUUUUUUUGUAACUGUUAUCUUGGGACUCAUUACUUCUAGGACAUUCUGAGGAGGAUCUAAACAGCUGUAUCUCCCUAAUCCCUCUGUAAACACACACACACACACACACACACACCUUUAAACCACACACGGUCUGCACCACCUGUCAUGCCAAAGAACAUGAAUUGGUUGCCAACAGCAGAGAAAGCCAUGGCAACUAUCAGCAGUUAUCUAUCAUGUAGGCUUACAGCAUAGGGAGCAAGUUUAGAUUUAAUAUGCAUAUUAAAAUUGGAUUUAGGGGGGAGAAGAAUCUAGGUGUUGUGUUUGACUACAUAAUCAAAACUGAGAUUUUGUAAGUAAAUUGUGUAUUGAUGUCACCAAAAAAAACGCAAUAGCAAGUAUGUUAAGAGAAGCAUCAUUUGACACUUAGUGUGUGUUUGCACUGACAAUCUAUGGUUUAUAUCUUUACGGAGGAUUAUGACUGAAAGCAAAGGAGUUUUAAAAAAGAGUGCUUUAAAUGUAGGCAAACAUUGAACAGUCCAUGCAAUUACUCUCCCUCUGCAAAAUGAUCAUUGUAACUGGUAAGGUGAUUUUGUGAAUCGUGAUGUUGCUUUAUUUUUAUUAUUCCCUCAAUCACUUGAGGGAAUAAUGUGCUUUGAAAAAGAAAAUGAGGUGGUUUGGUGGUAAUUGAACAAAAAGUACAUACCUGUUUUCGGAGCAUUGCUAAUGUUAAGCCAAAUGUUGCUCCUCAGUGUGCUGCUUUCACAAACUUUGAGGACCUAGGGGGGAGAAGUUCACGCUAUUUUUUGUCCUUCUCCAUUUCUCCUUCCUCAGUUCAUGAUGAUGAUGUUGUUGUUUUUUUAUAUCUUUUUAAUUGUGCCUUGUUUCUUCAAUGCAGUCACGUCACUUCAAUGCAGUCACCUUAUGUACUUAAUUCAAAUGUAGUAGACUACAGGAGAAUCUCACACAAGCCUUUCAGUUAAACAAAGUUAAACAAAGACUUUGCAAAAAUGACACUCCAAUAAACACACACACAGAUCCAGUGAUGGCAAUCUCCUCUGAUGCACAUUUUUGCAUUCAGCUUAUAGUCACAGAUACUUGAUGUCAUCGUGGAGGGAGGGGUAAUUUCCUGACCAUCUGUAAAUAACAUAGACUUUUGAUUGGUCAGUUCAGUGUUGGAUUAUUGUUUUCAUGUCCUUAAUAACUUAUAUGAGAAAAAAACACAGCACUGAGGUAGCUCUUUUUGAAUCCAAUUGAACUUGUCAAAGAAGUCGAUGCCAAACUCUUGAAACAUGAGAAGGGAUCUUUUAAGCUAAACCUUAACUGUCAACUAGUCGUCAGACCCUGAAGUGGGUUCAUAUGUAAUGCACACAUACACAUACCUGACUGACAGCUGGGUCAGUGAGACACACACACACUCUGCCUGUUUAGGUUUUUGUAGGUCAGAGAUGGGAAAACCAGAGCUUUAAUAUCUGCCAAUACUGUGAGUGUGUGUUCAUAAACUGACCCACUGGACCCUCGUCAUCAUUAGUGAACCAGUCCUGUGUUAUCUUCCUUCAUCACAGAUGCCUUUGUUGCAUGAAAAUCCUUCUUUUUUUUUUAUGUGUUUGUUGUUGGUGAUGGUGAUAGUGUUGAUGAUGCUGUUGUACUUUUUAAUUUGUGAAAGCCAAAGGUUAAUUUUGAAUAGCGUGCAAAGAUAUUGAUUUUUACUUUCUGUGUUUCUGUUUUUUAGUUUACACCUGUAUCUGAAAAUAUAGAUUGCAUAUAUAAAUACAUAUAUCAUUCA